AUGGCUUGGGCAGUCCGCCGCGAAUCCAUCCUCGCGAACGAGCAGAGUCUGCGAAGCCAGGCUGACGGGUCCUUCGGCUGGCUGGAAGCAUCGACAGUCAAUAUCUUUGGCGACGAGAAAGUCAGCAGCAAUCCUGUCGAACGGACGCUAAGCCCUGCUUCUACUAUCUCAUCGGGUCCGUCCUCUGCGAACACCUCGCCUUGCCCUGCCAGCACAAAGGGCACUUUCGACGAUGACAGUGAAUCCGAUGCCGGCUUCGACACCGAUCACUCGCAGUACGAGCCUUAUUACAUCGACAACGAUAAAUACAGCGUCAUCGACGGAAAAGCGUAUAUGAUCCCAACCAUCUCGCAGCCUGUGUUCGGCCAGACCAGCUACCCAGGUCUACCUCAACUCCCGAUCCUCAACAAUGCGCUCAGUCCUAUGGCGGAGGUCAGGCACCUCCCGCAACUUCCAUCCACGCGCACUUCGUCCCCACUCCUGCUUCCUUUCCAGGGAAUCGACUCUCGCAGCCCCUCCCCUUUCCUCCCCCUCCCCGCACCUCUGCCCCCUCGCGAUCUUUCACGCGGAAAGCGAUCUCGCAAUACCAAGACAAAGCGAGCCACGCGCACGCGUCGUACCUCGCUCAUCCUAGCUGAGGACUCUGACCGGGACGCUGAGGGCGAAGCAGACAACGCCUCGGAUGACGGCGAAUGGGUCCCCUCCAACCAGCCCAGGCGAUCGAAGUCGAAGAAGCGAUCUCGCGAGGACCGUUCUUCCCAGUUUGACACGUGGAGCUUCGCGGCGGCUCAGGGCAGUUCGAACACUACUGCUCGGUCUCUCGCCCAGAUCGCCCCGCACGACGUCCGCCCCGCCAAACGCACCCGCACCCGCACCUCCCCCCAAUCCCGCAAUGUCCAGGUCCCGGCACUCUCCCACCCCGAGGACGCGAUCGACGACCUGUCUUUCAAAUGCUCAGAGUGCGGGUGGGUUCAGGAUAACAAGCGGCUGCCUGACUUCAGGCGGCACCUGCUCACCCAUACUCGCCCGGACGAUAGGGAUCAGAGCCGCGGGUGGUGGUGCAAGGGCGUUCUGGCCUCGAGCGUGCCGGGCUUUCGUGGAGAGGCUUAUGAGUUCAAUGGCGAGCUGAGGUUUGGGGGGUGCUUGAGGACAUUCAGCCGGAGAGACGCUUUGAAGCGACACCUAGACAAUCGCAACGUGUGCUGCCUGGGCAGCAUUCAUCAGCACAACUAG